AUGGAAGAUCGAACAACGACAGUGGUGCACUUUGUGCUACUUAAUGGCGGGCUACAAUUUGGUUUUUGGAAUGGACACAUGAUCGGACUUGCACAAAAUUGCCUCUCCUUGUUCUUCUCCUUUCGACCCUUGAAAAGCUUCACGGCUGCUCCAGUGAUUUCUCCUGAACACUAUGAAGGAACUUCCUCGACCUGCUUCAUCGGCCAGGGGGGCGCAGGGACUGAUCAAGUCAAGAUUGAGCUCAAGAAAUUGAAACGUUGUCACAUUCACGAUAUCAGUCGAAGCCAUAUACAAACUCUGCAGCCCGAGUACCCAGAUAAAAAAAUCAAAACUUGGCCUCGAAGAACAGACGAAAUGAAAUCACUCACACACUUGAUUUGGCUUGCAUCGCUCUUCUGUGAACGGCUGUCAGCACAGGGCACGGUUCCUCUGCUCAAAAACCUGCCCGGUAAAGCUACUUCAUCGGCUGCCAAUGUUGGACCUGACGUUAUCAUGGUGGAUAGGUUCACGUUCACCGCCCCCGAAGAAAUUGCUGAUGUGAAGAACAAAAUCGGUAUACGACCUUCAGAAGAAACAGGUACUUACUCUAGAGCUCAUCAUGGAGAAGACGAUUCGGAUAAUCCAGCAAAAAAGAUAAAGACUGAACCGACCGAAGAAAGUCAAGACCUCAACUUUGGAAACAAAGAAGCACAUAUCAGUACUGAUCUUCCCACAUAUGCCCCUGCACAGGAUGUUGUGCCUUAUUCGUUCUUCUUUCAGUCAGCCAAAAAAAUCGCGGCAACGAUUGAUCUCGAUCACAACAUCAUGAGUUUAGCCAGUAAUAUUCAAAUAUUGAUUGAGAAACUAGGUGCAACUUCUCAGGUUUGGGAGUGGUGGAUAUACCAGAAUGAAUUACUGACACUGGAGUGCUUCAUAAAUGCACACACUGCUUUGCAUAAAGAUGGCUUGGGAGAAUGUGAAAGAGCCUGGACUUUAGGAAUUGUUGCCGCGCUGGUCAAACAUUUACCUUCGGUACCAACAGAAAUGGUCCAAAGACUAAAGAAUUCGCUUUGGAAGCACCAUGUCUACUUGGAGAUCCAAGCAGCUAUCGAAUUUGAGGAACCACUAACACAGAGAUUCAGUGCACUUUUGAUGAAUUCCCAGCAUCACAUGACCAACCAAGGUUUGGAAGAAUGUUUUUCCAGAGCCCAAUUGUUCAAAUCACAUGAUGAAAUCAGGGCAAGAUACUUUCCAGCAAAAGAGGAUGGCAUUGAUGAGUUUGUGGCCGAUCAUUUACUAGAUGUCAACAUUCCUGAAGAAGAAACAAUAAUCAAGUCCAUGAUCCGUGGCUUUGCGAAUCAUUUCAAGAAGCUAGAAAUUCGUAGCUGGGAAGGAACAUAUGCUAAGGCAAUCUUUAUCUAUCUCAUGAACCAUUGGCAGAAUAGAGAUGCACGACGUAGCAACACACUUUUGGAAUGGAUUCAGAAUGAUUUUAAUCUCUACAGAGAUCUUCAUCUUCCGUUUAUGAAGAUUGAUAUCAGAUCAAUUCUUGGGAACCCAGGGAUAAUUUCAAAGGGUAUAAAUUAUAAUGAGUUAAUUGAUAUUUCCAAACCACUUCGAGAAAAAUUAUUUCAAGAUUUUUUGACAUGCCAAGGGAGGGACACCUUUUCAGCCAGCACACAGAGUGACAUGUACAAGCUGACAGUUAUUGUAUCUCUCAUUCAUCCAUCCUUGAAGAACUUGGUUACCCAAGGGAUUGACCAAAACCCCGGCAUUCUACAAAGACUAGCACCAGUUUGGUUAGAAAUGUACCCAGGGUUGGCAGAGGGAUUCCAUAACUUUUUUGAAUACCAGUAUGCUCCAUUUCGUAAACGUCCAACCUAUUUUUCCGGUGCCCAUAGGUUAUUAUUAUCAAGAAAGAUGUCUCAAUUCACUGCAACAAAAUCACUCUCAAAGGCCUUUGUGAAAGCUCCACUAAAUGUUUCCAAGUUCCAACCAAGCUUGGUGAACAACUUACUUUCUCAAGUGGAAAAUAUUCUGAAUACCCAUGUUGAACAUAAUGAAAUUCCCAAGGUAUACUUGUUGGCCCUUCAAGUCAUACAUCAUAUGGUCAAAUAUUCUGAAGGCGCAACAGAGAUUCUCUUGAAAAAAUUGGACCAGGACAUAAAGUUUAGGCAAAAGAUAUAUCUGAGUGUUGAUCAUGUGCUUCAAUCAAAUAUAUUUGUUGAUAACAUAGCACAGAUAGAUGAAUGUGUUUUGGUUUUUGAACUUGAACCAUUUCUGACUUUACUCAAAAUGAUCAUAGACACUGGACCAAUUUGGGGAUGGGGGGAAGUCAACAAACCAGCAGAAAAUGUCACUAUGUGGGCCAAAGAGCUUGAACUUGCAACCUGCACUCAUCCAGUCAUCACAUUUGGUGAUCUACCUGACCCCAGAGCAGAGAGCUUGCUAUGGUUAAACAAAUGA